GCUGCACAAUGUGUGAGUGUGACGCUUUCCCUCCGGCGCUCGUGCAUCCUUCAGCACACACACCUGCUGCUCGCACGUGCCUACCAUUGUGCAGAUGUAAGAGCAUCAUGGCAGCGUUUAAAGGCAUUUGGACAAAGGCAUUCUGGCGUGCAGUCUCUGGUGAAUUCUUAGCCACGCUAAUCUUUGUACUUAUUAGUCUUGGCUCAACCAUCAACUGGGCACCAGACAAGGAGAAUCCACCACCUGCUGACCUGGUGCUCAUCUCGCUCUGUUUCGGGUUGAGCAUCGCUACCAUGGUGCAGUGUUUCGCUCAUAUCAGUGGAGGCCACAUAAACCCGGCUGUCACUGCUGCUAUGCUAGUCACGAGAAAGCUGAGUCUCGCCAAGGCCUUGUUUUACGUACUUGCACAGUGUUUGGGCGCCAUCACUGGAGCAGGGAUUCUCUUCCUGGUUACACCAAGUGCUGUUCAGGGCAGUUUAGGUGUUACAACGGUGAACUCAGGUAUCUCAGUGGGUCACGCCCUGGUUGUGGAGCUCCUGAUCACGUUUGAGCUAGUCUUCACUGUUUUUGCCACCUGUGACAACAAACGUAAUGAUCUCAAAGGUUCAGCCAGCCUCGCCAUCGGUAUUGCUGUAGUCAUCGGCCAUCUUUUUGCGAUCCCUUACACUGGAGCCAGCAUGAACCCUGCUCGCUCUUUUGGACCUGCAGUCGUCACAUUAAGCUGGGAAAGCCACUGGGUGUAUUGGGUCGGGCCCAUUCUAGGUGGCAUACUGGCAGCUGCAAUCUACGAGUACCUGUACUGUCCAGACCCUGAACUGAAGAAAUGCUGCAAAGAGAUGUUCAUGAAAGAUUCUUCAGGAAAAUACAAAGAGGUGGAGUGUUCCAUCAGUCAGCAUGCUGGAGAGCCAGAUGAUAUUACAAUCAGCCCUGGUUCUUCUACAGAUAUGGAGAAAAGGGAGAAGAAGGAGGAUGUCGCGGGUGAUGGGUUGUCCUCUGUAUAACUGUCAAUCAUGCUGGUCAAGGAGACCAAUGUGUAACAUGUCUCCAUCAUCAGUAUGCCAAGGGAUUCUGCACUUUAUCCAAUGUUAAUGUGGCUAACAAUGAAUGAAAUCACGCUGGCUAAUGAUGACUAAAAGCAUGCUGGAACCACUUUUCCUAAAGAUACUGUAUGUACGAAAUUUUAUCUUCAUUAUUAACACAGUUCGCAUUUAUGGCUUCCAUUAAGACCUAAGCCUUGUCCCCAGAAGAACAUAUCCUUUCAGCACAUCCAGCAAAGAGUACUCGAGCUGACGAGUGUCCUAUCUGCGUUCAGUUCAACGCAACAACGCAACGUUCCACAACCAUCUGCAAGUGUCUUCUAGGGGUGUAACACAAUGCCACUAUCUGUCUGUUUAAUGGUUCAAAUAUUUGUAUCUGUAUUCGAAUUUUAACCCAAAGUUGCCAUUGCCUAAAUUGAAAAGUUUCUUUUUUUUAAUUAAAUAUGAACCCGACCACUCUGGAUAAAACCUAGAAAUGCCAGCACUGUCAGCAUGUCCUGUGAAUUCUAACAGUUCCUCAACCUCAGCUACAUCACUCGAGUUCAACUGGUCUCAACUCAAGAUGUGCACGAGACAUUUUUUUUUUAAAAUUCCACUCACACAGUUAUUAUAUUUAUAUAUCUGCCUGCGAUAUUUUCUAACACAUUUUGUUAGUUCUUUUUCCCAAAAUAAAAACAAAUUAGUAAUCUACUUUAAACCAUCUCAAUCCUGACCAGGCAGUUACUAAGGAUGAACGAAUGAAUGCUGUGUGUUCAUGUUAAUGAAUGUUAUGUUUCUUUGUCCACCAUCACAGCUGUGUUUGAUUGAUAUUAUUCCCCACACCCGUCGUCCAAUGAUCUUCAUAAAAUAAGAAUUCCACAAAUCCAGCUCUCACCCUGACCUAAAUGGAUUAUUGUCAUAAGUUGUAUAGAAAGCUGAUUCUGUGCUCAUCAAGAAAAUCAAACUGAAAUGAUAAUGAUGUACUGAGUCAGGGAUUAAGGGUGGUCUAAGGCAGGUCAGUAGGACCCUCAGGUUGAAAAGCCUCAGUUUAUUGCUGUUAGCAUUGAAUUUUAGAUCUAAUUUGUAUUUUGCUAAGCAAUCAUCUCAAAAUCAGUUUUUUUUUGUUUUGUUUUUGAUUCUCAAACAACUGGUUGCGAAAUUGAAAUGGGGGUGUGGCCUGCAUCUACAUUACACCUUUAAAUGCUUUGUUGUUGAGAAAUUAUUUUAUGAUCUGUUGUCAUAGCCAUGGUAGAUUUCACUGUGUUUAUGGACUGCAGGACCAAAUACAGAUAACAUGUUAGUAUAAAGUGUUAUAACAUGCUUCUGGGGAAUAUAAUGUUGCACAGACUAUUAUACACUAUAGUCACACACCUCUAUAAGCUGUUGAACUGCAUUUCUAUGAUAAUCAGAGGUUUAUUGUGAUUAUUGUAUCAUUUUGGCUUAAAUUUGUCUC